ACAGUUUUGCAAGAUGUCGUCGAUGACGAGCAAGUAAACAAAAUCGAUCCAACAUUGCAAUUUUCUGUGAAAAGUGAGACUGUGCUAGCCGACUGACACUCCUGGAAUGUCAGUCAGUGAUCCAUUGCUAAAAAGAUUUAAAGGACUGGUGCUCUUACUGCGCAAUGAGAAGGAGCCAAUUCGAGACCACAACUCUUUCCUCCAACAGUUCAGCGAGACUCUGGAGGAGAUCUUCCGCAGGGGGUUGAAACACUUCGUUUUUCUUGCAGAGCCUGGUGCAAUUUUUGGCUUCAAUAAAAGGGAUUACUGGAACUGGAUUGAGUCCUUACCAGAUGUGCUGAAUGUACAGACGAUCAAUCCAGCACUUACGCUGGCUGUGUCUACUGUUAAGAACUGUAAAAAGGUGAAGACGAACCAAGGUCGUGGACGACUGUUUAUCAGGUUUGCGCUCGCCCGGAAAAGUUUGCAUCUUCCAGUGAAAUACAUCCACACGAACACAACCCUGUUGGAGUACUGGUAUGACCCUAACUCGUCGAUCAUAGGCAAUGAAAUUCUAUCUGAGAUCUUCCUGUCGCUGCUGGAGGAAACGAAACAGAUUAUCUUUAACUUAAAUAUAAAGAAUUCUAGCUUCCUUGAUGAGACCUGGACCAUUCCAGUGUACAAGCAGUUUGAGUUUGUGCCUUGCCGUGACCUUGGCAUUCACCUAAGUUACAUUAAAGGGCGUGCCGUCGUCGCCGCGGUGGACAUAGGAUCCGUGGCUGCUGAGGAUAAUAAGAUUGAGACGGGCGAUGUUCUUGAUGAGCUUUAUGGAGUCAGCCUAAAUGGGGUUAGAAAAGGACAGCUACAGACUAUAACGGCUGACUUUUCGCGUUUCAGAGCAAACUAUCUUGUCAAGUACGUUGGCAGGGUGGACGUGGGUGAGUACGGAGGCGUCGCCGUCAUCGAGAACGGCAUCCAGGAGGUGCUGCGUAACGCGUCGGACAUCGAGAAACAAGAGGUGUACUUUGAGCUCGGCGAGACGGACGUGACGGUGACGCUGAAGAACUCGUGCAAGGUGCUGCUGAAGCACUCCUACACAGAGAUCUCGUCGUGCGGACGCCGCGUAGACUCCGUAGAUUUCUUCGCUUACAUAGCCGGGGAAACGUCCUGUUCACUGGCUAAAAAGUUUGUGUGCUACGUGUUUGAAGCAGCCUGUGACGAAGAGUCGAAGACUAUCCUGUGUGCAAUAGCCCAAGGAUUCGGGAGAACCCAUUGGUUUGUAUAGUGCCCCCCUCUCCUUCAUCUUCCCCUGUUGUGAGGACGUUCACAAGAGCUAUGAUCGCGCCAUCUACUGUCGACGGCAGCAACUAUUGGCGUACGUGAGUGUCGGGUGGUCCUGCCACGUGCCCGCUGCUCUCUGUCAACGCCCGGCCGCAUGCACGCUUCUUCGAUCUGCCGUGCGUAAGAUGUUAUUUCGGUUUUCCUACGACAAUGGCGGCGGCGGCCGCGGCGGCAACGUGGUCUUUUUUCGUUUCGAGGAAUUAGCGCUCGUCUUCUGGCUGUCGGUGUUUCUACAGAGUUGUACGGUGCGGUGACCGUUCCUGCGGCAUGUUUUCGCCUGUACUGUGUGUCGGUGUCUGCGUGCGUGCGUGCGUGCGUGUGUGUGGUGGGCCAAGGUGCAUGCAGUACCCAUGUGUUUCGUAUCUUAUUUUGCAAGUGUUCAGCAAACGUGAGUAAUAAGCUUCCGUUUAAAUGUAGUCGUUGCACACUCGUGUGUGUGUAUGUGUGUGUGUGUGUGUGUGUGUGCGUGUGCGUGUGCGUGUGCGUGUGCGUGUGCG